AUGACGCACUUGCGGACCCGCGAAGUCCGCCAGCUGCUGCACAACAAGUUCGUGGUGGUCAUGGGCGACUCAAUCCAGCGCACAGUGUACAAGGACCUGGUGCUGCUGCUGCAGAAGAACCGUCUGCUGUCCUCGGGCCAGCUCGAGGCCAAGGGCGAGCUGAGCUUCGAGCGCGACGUGCUGCUGGACGGCGGCAGCUGCAGCCGCACACACAACGACAUCUACUACCGCGAGGUGCGCCAGUUCUGCUCGGGCCACCACCUGGUGCGCUUCUACUUCCUCACGCGCGCCUACUCGGCCUACCUGGAGGACGUGCUGUCGGAGCUGCGCCGCGGCGAGCACGCGCCCGACCUGGUGGUCCUCAACUCGUGCCUGUGGGACGUCUCACGGCACGGCCGCCACUUCCCCAGCAGGUACCGGGAGGACCUGGAGUGCCUGUUCCGCCGCAUGGACCGCGUGCUGCCCGACCACUGCCUGCUGGUGUGGAACACGGCCCUGCCGGUGGCCGACGUCGUGGCCGACGGCUUCCUCCCGCCUGCGGGCCCGGCCAGCUCGGGGCGCCUGCGCGAGGACGUGAUCGAGGCCAACUUCUACAGCUCGGUGGAGGCGGCCAGGAGAGGCUUCGACCUGUUGGACCUGCACUUCCACUUCCGCCACGCCGCCCAGCACCGGCUGCGCGACGGCUUGCACUGGGACGAGCGCGCGCACCGGCGAAUGUCCCAGCUGCUGCUGGCGCACGUGGCGGACGCCUGGGGCGUGAACCUCCCGCCCCGCCGCGCCGCCCACCGACGGCCUGAGCGCCCGCGGCAUGCCGGCCAUGGCGGCCGCGUGCAUCCGCGGGACCCCGCCGCCUCCCGGCGCUCGGGAGGUCCUGCCAGACUGGAGCCCCGGGCUUCCGCCCCCUCGGACGCGCCCCCACAGGAGAGCGCCCCUUUGCUGUCCGAUGCGCCCCCGCAGCCGGGCCCCAAUUUGAGCAACUCCGUCCGGAGCCUGGUGGAAUACUACAGAAAACAGCACUCCAGGGUUGGGCGCGAGCCCGUGCCGGGCCCCAUGCGCAGGGCCGACAGCCAGGACCGACCCCGCGCGUCGCCCCCCUACCCUCCGGAGCGCUCCGCUGGGUCGCAAGAGCGCCAUCCCCAGCACAGGCCCGGGAGCAGACAGACCCAGCACACCGAGGGCCAAGGCACCGGCAGCCAGCCAGACCUCGACCUAGGCUCUUCUCACCGCGUCUUCCCUGGCAGUGGCGCUGCUUAA